AUAAUGUGCAGUGCAAAUUGGGAGAGGUCUUCACUUGCCCUGGUCGUAUGAUAACUGAUCACAACAAAUCGUCGUCCGGAUGAUGAGGGCGCAGGGCAUGCAUAAAUAAACAGUUGACGGGGGAUUAUAAUGUGCAGCUACUCAUAGUAACCGAAGAGUGUUACAGCGUUUUCAGAAAACUGAGGUUGUUAGUGGGUUUUCUCAGAGCAACAGAGUAUUUGUUGACCACGCUGGUUUUCACAUCUUCGACCCAGUCUUUGUUCUACUUUUCCAAAUCAGAAUGGGCUGUUCUUCAUCUAGUACCCAGACUAUAGCACAAGAAGGCAACAGACCAGGGACAAAACCAGAGGAAAGCAAUGGAGAGGGUACAUUUGUGGGCCGUAACGAAAAUGGCAUCAUCCCAGAGGACUGCGAGACCAUCGCGGACCAGAUGCAGCUGCCCGUUCAGAGCCCGCUGCCGGACGACCUCCCGCGGGCCCCCGUAGAGCGGGAGGAGCCCGAGGUGGCAGAGGCCCACGAGGCCCAGGAGCUGCUGGCUGUUUCUGAGAGCGAGCCGUUGCUGCAGAGCAGCCUACCUGAGGCCUCUGCAGCUGCACCGGAGCUGGCCCCCGAACCCGAGCAGGCCUCCGAACCCGAGCCGGCCCCUGCCGCAGAGGUGGAGGAGGCUGCUGCCCCUGAGCCGGCCCCUGCAGUGGCGGAGGAGGUCCCCGCUGCACCAGAGACCGCCCCCGAUGCACCGGAACCAGCCCCUGUUGUGGUGGAGGAGGCAGCCGCCCCCACGCCUGAGCCCUCCCCUGUAGCAGCAGAGACCGCCCCCGAAGCCCCGGAACCAGCCCCUGUUGCGGCCGAGGAGGCACCUGCACCCGAAUCGGCCCCCAUUGCAGUGGAGGCGGCGACUGCUGCCGCUGAGCCAGCCGCUGUCGCAGCAGAAGAGACCCCUGUUGUACCUGAGCCAGUCCCUGUAGCAGCAGAAGAGACCCCUGUUGUACCUGAGCCAGUCCCUGUAGCAGCAGAAGAGACCCCUGUUGUACCUGAGCCAGUCCCUGUAGCAGCAGAAGAGACCCCUGUUGUACCUGAGCCAGUCCCUGUAGCAGCAGAAGAGGCGGCCGUUGCACCUGAGCCGGUUCCUGUAGCAGCAGAAGAGGCCGUCGUUGUGCCCGAACCAGCUCCUGUAGCAGAGGCUCCUGCUCCAGAGGUAGCCCCCGUCACACCUGAAGCAGCCCCACCGGCAGUGGAGGCGGCCCCUGCCCCCGCCCCCGAGCCCGCUGCUGCUGCACCUGUUACUGUAGAGGAGCCCAUAGCCACACCCGCCCCAGAGCCCGUGGCCCCGCCCACUGAACCCAUCACUCAGGAGGUCGCACAGGAGGAGGUAGCAGCCCCCAGCGUGUCGGCGGAGGCGCCCCUGGUGGCUGCGGAGAGUGUCCCCACAGACCCCACCCCCGCUGCAGUGGAGCCGCCGACCAGUGCCCCUGCACCUGCCCCCGAGGCCCAGAGCCCCGCCCCUGAGACCAAAGCAGAAGGCGUAGCGGUGGAGACCAAAGCAGAAGAGCAGGCCUUGCCGCAGGCAGGAAGUGAGGAGGCUAAAAAGAACGAUUAGUGUGUCACCCGUCAUGACUGAGGAAGGCCCCCUGGACACUAAUGAGGAGAAACAACGAGGGCUUUCACAAACGCCUUUUCUUUCCAUCAAGAAGACAAAGUAAAAACCUGCGUACUUUCAAGACGCACGUUUUUAAAGAACGGGUCCACAGAAUAAUUCACAGAAACGUCUCCUCUCUCCAUUUGCCAAGAAAACUGACCAAGAUCGCCAUCGAUACAUCGCCGCCGUGCCUUUCUUUCCCGUGAAUGUGGUGGCAGGUUUUUUUCUUCUCCAGAUUUUGUAAAUAUGUCUCCUGUUCACCUUGUUAUGUUAGCACUGUUAAUGCGAUGAACUCACAUAUGCUCCAGUCACCUCUGUUUCUGAAGUGCAGCUCACAUUUCUGAUAGGAAAAAAAUAACAGAAAUACAUCCCACUGCAGCAGACUGAAAAAUCCUGUGUUUACAACCCACUCUGCAUCGACACUUUAUAUGUGCCAAUGUGGAACUAACACUGUAGUUUCAAAGCAUGUAAUAUAGCGGUUUUACAUAAAUUAAUUAUUACUCGACUCAUCCACUCACAAGGAAUACAAGCCAAAAAUAUGACUGUGAAUCAAAACAUGCACAAGUGUUCGAACCCGAGGGUUAAGCCUGAAGAAAAGAACUUUACGUUACAGACUACUUCAUGUUAUUUUAUGUCCUGCAAAUGUUGAAUUCAGCUUAGUGCUUUUGCAAAGAGGUCUGAGAAAUCACAAAAUGCUUACCUGAUCCAUGAGGCAAAAAACCUAUCGCAGCAAAAGUCUUAGUAGAUCUUGCAUGCAUGCUUCUGCUAUGUGAAACCUCUCUCUCUAUCCUCUGUCUUCUUCAAGUAGCCUACAUGUCCGUGAAAUAACUUGGUUUGUGAUUUGACCCCUUUAAGAAUCAGUCAUUAAUUUACAAGUGUGCCUAACAUUAGAUCUGAGAACCAAAUGUGUGGCUUAUAUUGUAUGGUAUGUUGAUCCAUUGAAAAGGCCCAAUGUUUUGUCCGUGUAGUUUUUGACCAAUGAGCUGUUUGUGCUCUCUGGUACUAUGCCUGCAGAAGAUAGCCAUUUUCUUACUCACAAACCAAGCAUUUGAGGACCUCUCCCCAAGCUAGGGCAACAUUUUUUUUGUUUGCUUUUUUUUUUCCAGUCGUUUUUGCGACCUGACUACGACAGAUGUCACUACAACCGUGCUGAGGAGAUCCAACUGAGAGGCAGAAUACCUCAUUCUCAAAAAACACACCCCUCUUUUUUAUCUUGCACAAAAGAAUGGUCUGCAACAGAACCCCCAGCUAUCCAGCCCAGGGCGGACGAAUAAAAUGAAGGCUGCUAAAUAAAGCUGUUUCUGAACGUGGGCACAAGAGCUGCCUGCCAUCACAUUUGGAGGGUGAUAAUGAGCUGGCGUUCUGCAUUCAGAUGGGCGCCUUUUGUAACCCUGUAAAAAAUCACGUUGCUCAUUAUAAAAAUAUUUUUUGGUGUUUUAUUUUCUUUUCCUUUUGUGGCCUCGGCUUUGCAAUGGCUCCACAUACCAUUUGUGAAAAUGUAAAUGACGAUAAGGUUUUUUGAAAUGCUUUCCUCCUUUUUAAAUGCCUUAAAUGGUUUUGGCUAUGUCUUAAAAAAAAUUAAAAAAAAGAUAUAUAAUGUAGCAAGUAAAUGAUGUGAGGGUUAGGAUAAUGUGCCUUGUUGCUAUCCAGGACUCUGGGAACAGUCCUUUACUUGUAAUAUACACACCCAGGAUUUGUUUUUGAUGCAGAAACUACUCUUGUGUACAGUAUAAAUAAAAAGCCCUCACUAAUGCUCA